GUAUGCGCCGUCCGUGGUAGGAACCCGCCAUUAUACCUCAGAAGAAGAAAAACAUGGAGCUAUCAGCGGUCGGGGAUCGCAUUUUCGCCGCGGAAUCCAUAAUAAAACGCCGCGUCCGAAAGGGUCGCAUUGAAUAUCUUGUGAAGUGGAAAGGAUGGGCGAUCAAAUACAGCACAUGGGAGCCAGAGGAAAAUAUUUUGGAUGGGCGUCUCAUUGCGGGUUUCGAGCAGAAAGAACGAGAGAGGGAACUUUAUGGGCCAAAGAAAAGGGGACCUAAACCUAAAAACUUCGUUCUUAAGGCGCGAGCCCAGGCAGCAGAGACCCGCGGUCCAAGCAGAGUCCCCGACGUUCGCCUCCGCCAGUCCACCGGCUCCUCCUCCAGGCCUUCCACUUCUUCAGCUCCCUCCUCAUCCAUGUCGUCGUCCUCUACCUCCUCCUCUUCCUCAGCCCCCACUCCCAAACUCCAUUCCGGGGCGGCCUCUCACAAACUGAAGAAGGAUAUCCGCCGCUGCCACCGUAUGUCCCGCCGGCCGCUGCCCCGCCCUGACCCGCUGGCCUCUGGCUCCGCUGGCGGCCCCUUCCCAUCGCGCCCCCCCGUCUCACCUUUCUCGGAGACAGUCCGUAUCCUGAACCGCAAGGUCAAGCCCCGCGAGACCAAACGGGGCCGUAUCAUACUCAACCUCAAGGUCAUCGACAAGACACCGCAGCCUCCGACCUCCAGGGGGCGCCCUAACAUCCCGUCCCGGAACCGCAUCAUCGGGAAACGGCUGAAUGAGGUCUCCUACAGGGGCCUCCAGCCACCCGUGAAGCUGCCGGGAUUCCCCAUGUACGGGAAGCCGUUUGGCGUGCAGCAGGUCAGCUCCGACGUAGGCCGCCUGCGUGCCGGGACUGGUAACAGUACUAGGAGUUGUGGCGGAGCUGGGAAUAGUGGUCCUGGUUCCUCCAACCGUAAUUCAGCCUCCGAAACCCAUGGUGGCACGGCUGAGCCGCCUGUGUCGCAGUACCAGGCUCCGCCCUCACCAUCUAGCUCCGGAGGUGUGGACAGCAGCCCUCCCUCCCCGGGCCAGGCCCCGCCCACCCCCAGCGAGGCUCCGCCUCAGUCCCUGCACGUGUCAGCGGCCUCAGCUUCUCCUCCCAAACUGAGCCCUCAAGCCUCAUCCGAGCCUGAGGACGCCCUGGGGCUGCAGCCCGGCCCCCAGCCCGCUUCCUACCUGCCCUCCUGCCCCUCCCCAUCUUCCUCACCGUCGUCAUCAGAGGAUGAUGAUGAGGCGGCCGUGGAUCUUUCCGCGCCUCGUAUCACCAAGCGCCGGCCCAGGGGACGACCACAGCGCAGGCGUCGCCCCAACAGGGCCACGGCCCCGGGCACCUCGUCCCCGGACCCCGACAGCAGCCCCCCCCUCCUUUCCCCCGAGCCCCCGAGGGCCGUCCUAGAGGGGGACCCCGACUGGCACCCCGAAAUGGCCCCGUGCUGUGCCGACGUGGUCGUCACCGACGUCACCACGAACCUCCUCACUGUCACCAUCAAGGAGUUCUGUCGUCCGCCGGAGUUGGACAAAUCUGGGCCGGCCUCCCCCUCCUCUGGGGCCACGGCCCCGCCGUCACCCACUCCAUCAACCCCCCACCCGAAACCGUGAACUCGGGGUGGGGGGGAAGAGGGGGGACAGGGCACGACGCCCAUUACCUAAGCCUUCCAUUCCUCUAAUCCUAUAGCUUCACCCCUCUUAAUUAAGCCCUAAUAAGCUGAUUUAACAGAGGUACUGUAUUUAAUAUUAUAUAUAUAUAUUUUAAAAGUAAGUCUCAAUAUGCAGUGAGUUCGUAAACAGGACUUUCCUGGUCUCCAGUAUACUGUGUGUUAUCCGUCGCAACGUGACCUGUGCCGAUCUUUCCUGCACGGUGACCCUGGGCUUGUAGCUUCCUGUCACGGUUCCAUGCAGCGUUGGGUGGGUGGGCAGGUCCAUUCCAGAUGACGGCCAGCCUGCUCCUGGCUUCCCAUUAGCUUCACGGCUUGGAACAUGAAGGCGCUCCCUGCUUUGCCACACGCACGCACACGCAAAACACACACACGGGCGUGUAUAAAUGCGUAUUUAUGUGUGCACAAUUGUUUACACUGAGAAACCAGCGUUCUGGCGGUUGUUUCCCCUUCCCAUUGUACCACGGUGACCCAAAACCGGCCCUCCUCUGUACAUAGGCCUCUCGGACUGUGUCGCGUGUGUGAUGCUUGUCAUGUUCCUUAAGCAGGUCUCACAUAUACUAUGAACUGUGUAACCCGUAAAUCUAUAGGAUGGAACCAUGUCACGUUUCGUGUAACUGUGUAAUUUAACUCCAGUAACCCUAUAAGAAGUACCAGUUUGAAGCUCGGUGUUUGUGACCCGCAGGAUCCGGCUCUGGCGGACGGUCCUCGCGGUAGAAGCCUCGGAUUGCAUGACAUAUUUAUAGUACUACUCGCGUGUCCUGUGUUGCUGCUGCUGCUGUUGUUGUUGUUGUUUUGUUUUCUUUUGUAUUAUUAUUUUUUUAAUCACGUGUUCAUUCCUUGAGCAUAAUGAAGAUAUAUAUGAACAUGUAAAGUCGAAUUUAAGUGCGAAGGACCGGAGCGGAGCGACGCAGGUUUUGUAGCUGACAAACGUUUGUGUUGCACACGCUGCUAUUUUGUUUCGAUUUGCCAUAAACUUGCACGAUCAUGAGAAAGA